AUGCAUAAACAUUCAAAUGAGAAAAGAAGAAAAAUAAGCAACAAUAAUGAGAAUGAAGAAAAGGAAAACUAUUCGUUAAACGUUACAAAAAAGAAUGAUAUAAUAUCAAAUAAUGAAAAGAUAGAAAAAGCGCCAAAUGAAAAAGAAUACAUAAAAAAAACGAACAAUAAAAAAGGAAAUAAUUCUCCUUCUAAACUUGAAAUUGAUAUGCAGGUUAAAAAAAAUGACACUAAGGAAAAUAAAUUAAAAAAAAAGAAGCAUAGUAGCAUUAAUGCAAAUAAUAAAAAAAAAAAAAAAAAAAAUGAUAAUGAUGAUAAUAUAAACAACAAAAGCAAUAUAAAAUAUGAAAAUAAAUCAAAUAACAAAGAUAUUAAAAGAAAUGAGUUUGAAGUAAGUUGCAACAAAAAUAUAACAAAAGCUAAUGAAUUUAUUGAAGGGGAAUAUAGAACUAAUAGUGAAGAAAAAAAGCCUAAACAUUAUUUAAUUGAGAGUUCACAAGAUAAGAGCUUAUUAUUAAACAAUAUAUCAUUAUUAGAAGAAAAUAAAUUGUAUGUUAAAAAUAUAACUGAAAAUAUAAAGAAAGAAGAUUUAAUGAAUUUUUUUUCAAAAAUUCCUGGUUAUGUAGAUACAAGAAUAAUUUAUGAUUCUAAAGGUAAAUUAAGAAAGUUUGCAUACAUUGAAUUUGAUAACAAUGAAAAUGCAACAAAAUUCUUAAAUACAUUAGAACACAGUAAUGUUGAAAGUUUUAAAAAAUUUAAUAUAAAAGAUGUUGAUCUUUUUACGUGUAUUUCAAAACCGCAGAAAUCAUUAUAUGAAGAAAAUAAAGUUUUUAUUAAGUUCACUAGAUGUGAUAAUGAAAAUGAUUUAGAUAUAAUAGAAGAAAUAUCCAAAUUUUUUUCUAUUCAUCUAAUAUCCAUUAGAGAUAUUAGACUUCUUGGUGACAGCACAAAUAAACAUGGUUAUAUUGAAUUAGAAAAUAAUGAUGAUGUAGUUAAAUGUGUAGAAAAUAUUAAAAUGUAUGAAUCCAAAGAUUUGGAAUUCAAUUUAAACUAUUCUAUACCUAUAAUUAAGAAAAAAAAUUUAUUAGAUUUAGACAAAAUAAAAUUAAAUAAAGAAAAAACGAGAAAAAUAAAAGAAGAGAAAAAAAGAGAAGAAAAUAGUUGUACAAUUUUAGUGAAAAAUUUGCACUUUAAUACAAGAAAACAUAAAUUACAAAGCUUUUUUGAGCAAAUUGGAGAAAUAAAAAAUAUAUAUCUAAGUAAAAAAAUUUCUGAAAACAAUAUAAAAAGAAAUAAGGGAUUUGCUUAUAUUACUUUUAAAAAUCCCAAUGAUGCAACAUCCUCUUUAAUAUUAAAUGAUUCAAUAUUAGAUGGUAGAAAUAUUUUAAUAUCGAAAUUCUUAACUAAUAAAAAUAAAAAUUAUUCAGAAGAUAAGAGAUUAUCAGACUUUGAUAAAAAUUCAUUCAAUGAUAGAAAAAAAAAAAAAAAUAACUAUAGAAACGAAAAUUAUUUUUAUGAGAAAAAAAGAAUAAAUUUAAGUAAAAACACCGAACAUAUAGUAGAAGAAAUGAUUGAAAAAAGAUGUGAUCAUACAACUGGUUCUAUGACAAAUGAAGAUUUCAGAAAGCUUUUUUUAAAAUAA